AUGGUUUUUUCGUUUAGAUCUUUAUUACAUGAUCGUCGUCGAUUAGCAUAUGGAAUUUUACUUAUAAUUAUUCUUAUUUUUCCAUUUUUACCAACAGUUGGUACAAUUAAAAUAACAUUAUCAUGGUGUACUGUAUUAUCUGGUAUAAUAAUAUUAAUAUUACAUUAUCUUUAUUUUAAAUCUGAAUCUCAUCAAUUAUAUAUUUAUUAUAUUCAACGUAUUUGUUUAAUACUUGCUAUAAUUAAUAAUUAUUUUGUACAUUACUUAUCAAUUCGUUCAUCAUUAAUUCAUAUUCUUAGUUGGAUAAUUUUAAUAAUUUCAUGUUUUUUACCAUUUUUUUCUUCAUCAAUAUAUCGUUUAAAACGACUUAUUAUUAUAUAUACAUCAAUUUUAACAAUUUAUAUAUUACUUUCAACACAAUAUGAAUCAUUAUUUGUUUUAUUUCUUUGUUUAUUAAUGUUAACAUGGAUUAUAACAUAUGAACAACAAGGAAAUAUUCGUUUAUUUACAUUUCAAUCAUUACUUUUUAUUUUUCUUGCUUUUUUUGGUACAGGAAAUUUUGCAUCGAUUAAUUCGUUUGAUCCAUCUAUUGUUUAUUGUUUUUUAACAAUAUUUAAUCCAUUUUUAAUGGGUUCUGUUAUUAUAUUUAAAUGUAUAUUACCAAUACUUAUAGUUACAUGUGCAACAGCAUAUGUUAUAAAAAAUCCUGAUAUGAUUAAAAAUUUUCGUUUAUAUACAUUAAUUAUAUGUGAUUUAUUAGCACUUGAAUUAUUUUUUUUUAUUAAAACUGAAGGUAGUUGGUUAGAUAUUGGUGAAAGUAUAAGUCGUUAUGUUAUACUUAUGGCAAUGAUUGUUAUUUUAACAACAUUUCAUUUUCUUGCAAGUUUAUUAUUAAAAAAAGAAUUAUAUUUACCUAAAUAA